CUAGUCUUUGACAUCUGACAACAGCUUACGUCUGCUGUAGAUUACCAAAGCAAUGGGUUAUCUUCCCAUGUUAGGUCAUUGGCAAGAUUCAUGUUCGUAUUUAGGGCGUGUACAGAUGUGCGGAUUUGUGUGACAGGUGUAAUAAAAGAAAGACGUUCUUUCACUAGUGAUUUGACUUGCAAGGAUAUAGAGAAUAUAGAGCUAUGGUCUGGACAUUUACAGCCUACACUUAGUCACAAAAUAUAGAGCACAACAGAAAAAUACACAUAAAUACAACAGACACAACAUAAAGAGUUCAUUCGGCGACUACACACAGGUAUCUUGGUGCAUUUCAUGUUCCCUGAUCAAUGAGUGGCGGUGAUAGAGUCUGACCGAGUGAGAGCAGCAGACUAAAAGAAUGUAAAGCGCUUCUCAAAUAGAACCAAGUACCAUCAGACAGACAAAAUGUAUCAACAAUGUUCUACCAUAUCCCUGGACAGAAAUUUGUGUGUGUCUUGUAGAUAAAUAGCUGCUCGACAAAAGCUCGAGAACACUUGAUUCACUUGUUUUAACCAAAGAAAACCCACAAGUAUGAAACCUUUGUUGGAGAUAUUAAAACACUACUACAUUCAAAAGAUUCUAAUUUAUGGAUUUACCUUCCUCUGCAGUUUUCUAGUCAUUGUACCAUUAGGGGAUUUGAAGAUUAAGUUCACUGAUGAGCACUGUUCCAGAUGUCUCCUGUACUCAGACUUUGACUUCAAUGUCAACAACACUCCUCAAGCGACCUACUUUAAGAUUCGAUUCGGGGAGCAGGAGGUGUGUGAAUACAGUCUGGCGGUGUCGUCAGUCUUCUGCCUCAUCUACCCCGUCAUCGCCGUUCUAUUGUAUAUUUAUUUGUACAGGAGGGACAACUCUAAAACAGACGAGAACAAACUUGACCUGUCCCAUGGGUUGUACGUCAUACACAUCAUCACAGAACUGUGUGUCGCUAUCUUGAUACUGGUUUCAGCUGGACUCAUCACCUCUGGUUUUCGACACAUCUGUGAUUCUUUAGAUGCUGCUGUGACCUUGAAGUUGAUUGACAGCUGUUCUGGUGCCCAGAGUUUUGCAGAUUGGAGGAAUUAUGAUGGAAGCAAUUUCUAUGUCAGUCUGUCUGUGGCAACAGCUGGAUGCUGGCUUCUCUUCGUCUCGUGGCUCCUCCAAAGUUUGCUGGGUCUGUGGAAACUGUGGUGGCUCAAUGUGUUACCAGUUUUUCCCUGCUGCCGACCCUCCGAAUAACUUCACCAAGGGCAACUACUCCACUAAUUUAUUACACACUAUUUUUCUAACCAAGACAGAAUAUUGUGUUCAUGUAGUGUUCAAAACUUGUGUUUUAUCCUUCAUACUGUACAACAUUUCCAUACAUUUAUAGUCUGUAUUAUUAUAUAUUUAUAUGGACACUUUCUGUUAUAUCAUGAAACAUGGUAAAGUUAUUAAAACAUUGUUUUCUUACCUA